AUGUCGCUAGUAGAUAUCCGCGUCGAUCUACCAUCUUACUCCCGUUCUUUCGUUGUCCAAGUCCCGCCCUCAAGUUCCGUUCUCCGCGUGAAGCAGGAAAUCCAGGAGGCAUGCCCGGGACAACCGCGUCCCGAAGGCCAACGCCUCAUUUGGCGAGGUAGGCUAUUGGCCGAUGACGAGCUAGUUGAAAACCUCUGGAAGGCUGAACCUAAGAUCGUACACCUCGCCGUACAUCCCUCAGCUUGGUCAUCUGUGCCACCAGAGAUACCCCAGCCUCCCCUCCAGUCCCAGCCUCAACCUCUCCCGACGCCGACACCGACAUAUAAUAUCCCCCGUAAUCCAUACGUCUUCCCCAGGAACACCAUCACACCUCGGAUAGAGUUCACGGUAGCUCCACAGCGGCCGAUCAUGGCCUACGUGUUGUACAAGCACCAGAGGGCGCUGAGCACGCUUUCCUCUGCAGUUCAGCCGCCUGUCGAACUGCAUAACCUGUCACUCUGCCGCAUGAUCGCCCAUCAAACGCUGGAGAAAAAUGGCUGGAAAUGGCCUGAUGUUCUGGACGAGGAGUUCCCAGCUCCAUCGGAAGGUGGCCUGCAGUACGAGUCCACUUUAGUAGACGGGAAACCCUACCUUCGGCUUGUCGAGGAAUCUGGUAGCCAGCCUACUCCGGUCCAAGAGCAUGCACUCAAGGUCCUGACAUACACAUUCUCCAUCCUGAACAUGACGCUCCCUACAUCUCCUCCAAUGCGUACCGUACACACGCAAUCGGUACCUGUCCCACCUCACGUCAAUCAGCUCCUCCAACAGCUUGGACUUCCACAAAUGCGACCUGCAAAUGCCAACAUUAAUCCAGUUGUGAACCCGAACCCGAUUCUUCCUGAAAUACGUGAAAUACCUAUCCGCCCCCUCCUCGCACCCCUCAUGAUGCUCAUCUUCCGUACAACACUUCUUCUUUACUUUGUCGCCCCAGCUCGCAAACCUAUCUUUGGCGUUCUCAUUCUCGCUUGGAUGCUGUAUGAGAUUUGGCAACCCAUCCGGAAUGCCCUCCUUAGGAACGCCUUGAACAGACUUCCUGAGAACCAGCGACAGGCAAACAACGGAGCCGAGGCGAGACCAGGCCAGGGUAACCAAGCUCAGCAACCAAAUAUACCAGGUGCCGUAGGCGCUCGUCCCGUUGCCGGGGUUCCUGCACGCCUACCCUUAGCUGGCAGAACGUUGGAUCAACAAGUAGCUGUCAUCUUUGACAACCUCGCCAACAUGAACCUUGCAGAUGAAGAGCUGAUUCUCAACGCACCUGCAGGCACGCCAGCCCCGGAGCCUGGCCUUGGACACAAGAUCAUGACUUUCACGAGUCUGCUUGUCACAACACUGCAUCCAGCCAUCUGGAAUCGCAGGAGGAUGGCACUUCGACGAAGAGAGGGAACCAUUAGAACGGAAGCUGACAUGAGGAAUUCGACACCACCGCCGACUGAUGACGAUGGGGAUUCCACCCCAGGACAGGAAGUCAACAACAGAGCUGCAGAAAUACGACAAGAGCUUCAAGCCCAGUAUGACCGCCGUCCGCGAUGGAUCCAACAGUAUAUGCAGCGGGUAGUAGAGGAAGAUUGGGUCGAUGACUCUGACUGA